CCGCGCAGGCAUAACAUCUGCGGUAGCACACCAGGGUACUCUUAGGCACAGCAACGCCAGCGCACGACAUUACAGGACAAAAUCCCAACCGGACGUGAUGUGCUUCUAGACUCUUGGUUAAUAAGAGAUACGUCAAUACGUCAUUUACUAAUGGCGCCAACAUCCGCCGACGAGUAGCCUCGUGUCGUACGUGUAUAAAACAACAGUUGGUAUGUGAAAUGCCCAAGCAGGCGUUCUCCGAGAAAGAACGAACAGGAUGUACGCGGCAGGGAUGGCCUCGGCUCCCUGCAUUGCCUAAACCGGUGAUCUGGCUGUAUCUGCUACCAUCACCUGAACAUCCCUUGACUCGCCGAUUGGUGCUCUACGGUCGUCGGAGGCACUGUUUGUCAUAGGUCAGCGCACAGAAGGUGACUAUCGUCAACCAGAUCGGAACAAAGAGGUGACGGCGUGAUUCGAAGCGCUACGCUGGGUUAUGCGCCGUGUGUUAUGUGGUGAAUAUUGACCGGAUUGGAGGAUAUCAACUCCGCCGGCCUCCUUGGCAAUAGACGGUGCUACUUUGUUAUACGCUAUAAUACGUUGUCUCGUGAUUCUCGACGGACUUGCUCGACGUGACUUAUAGUUGAAAAAAAUCGUGGACGACGCAAGUGGCUGCAGGGUUAUGUGCUGUUCUCCUGUAUCAACCGAAGGACAGAUAGAGCUAAUGAAAACUAUGUAAUCAUAUCGAAGCCCCAAAAGAGUCUAUGCGAUGCUGACAAAAACGAAUAGACAACGCAAUACAAACCUACAACAGUUCAGGCACUUGUAACUAGGAAAAGGCGUCUCGGACUAUAUACCUGACCAAAUUCGUUAACAGUUUACGCUAAAAUUGCUAUUGCUCUUAGUCAAAAGAGAAGCCUGUUUUCAGGUACCCUGACGCAGUUAGAACUGCUGCCAGCUAACAGUGCAUUGGCAAAAAAUUGAGCUUGCCUUAAACUGCAGCCUAAAUUAAGGGUGCGAUGCCGUCAGUUCAACUAAACGUGCCACAUCUUCAGGAACGGCGCCAGUCGUGCUGUCCGGAACGUAAACCGAAGCUGGCUCUGCGAAGAAGGGGUCCGGAUUCGAAGUACUCCUGGCUAAUUGCACUUGCUUGUGGCGGAGUAAACCUGUUCAUGCACGGCUCAUCAAAGGUUGUUGGGGUUCUGUUUGUGGCAUGGAUCAUCGAGUUGAAGUGUUCGAGGGAAAUGGCAGCAUGGCCCUUCGCUUUGCAUACUACUCUCAUUCAUCUGGCAGGUCCAGUAUUCGGUCUACUCUCGAGGCGUCUCCCGAUCCGAAUAAUUAUAAUCGCGUCGUCGUUCGUAUCAGCGCUAUCUGUUGCUCUCUGCUACUUUGCGCCGGAUAUAAUCUGGUUAUCGGUACUCUUCGGAAUCAUUCACGGUGCUGCGACAUGUGGGGCUGUGCUGAUGACUCAGGUGUGCAUCAAUCAGCAUUUCGUUGAAAAGCGGGGAACUGCAGCUGGCGUGGUCGAAGCUCUUGCAGCAAUCAAUGGAAUCGUGUUCCCUCCUUUACUGGAGUAUUCGCUACGAAAUUACGGUUUGCAUUGGUCGAUGCUCCUUUUGGGAGGAUGCGUAUUGAACGCCUUGGCGUUUUCGUUUGCUGUUCGAUCACCAUCAUGGAUGGUAGGAGAUCCCACCGAACGACGAAAAAGUAUAUUCACAAACGCCGUCGUUGCCAAUAAAGGAUUGGCAAGUUGGAUCAACCAUUUCCAGCCGCAAAUGGAAGAUGAUAGUUCGGACGAGGAUGAGACCAAGGGAACUCAGGGGGACAUCCGCUACUACGUGAGCGAAGGAGGGGGAAUGGCCACGUCACAGGUGGACACAGAAGUGCAGUUAGCAAGCAUUAUCCAUCAAAUUAAUGACUCGAAGUACAUUCAGAGUGAUGGAAAGCUUGAUUUUAGCACGAUUCGUCAGGAUCUCCAGGCAGCACCUGGCGCCAAAUUCAAAAAUAGCGCCUCCGAGGGUGAUAUGCACGCUGCAAGUAAAAGUCCUCCUCAGUACGGAUCAACACAGCAGAUUGAACAAAGCCAUCUAGAACCUCCUUUAGUAUCGGAUGCCCCCAACGGCGCCAGCGAUCAACAGCAGGUUUGUUGGAGAAACUUCUGCCUGACAAGUCUAGCGAGACCCACUUCGACUAUGUCUUCUAAUAGAGUUCUGUUUAUGCCGUUUCCCCACAUCCCGACGGGUUAUACUCUGUACUCGGAGUUCCGGCGCAGUUCGACCACGAUUAACAGACCACCAAAGCUUCCCAAGGCACGUAGAUUGAACGAAUGUCACUCCAAUGGACCCUGCGAAUACCAUGACAGCAAAAGGUACAAACUAUGGAAACGAGUUCGACCGUUCUUGACCAUCACCUUUUGGCAUCUGACGUUCUCGCAGUUUUUGGUGCAGCUGUGCUUGGGGGUGUUCCUGCUUACGAUCCUCGAUUUCGCUUAUGACAAGGCAUUCCCGACAGAGGAGUCAGUGUACUUUGUUUCCGCUUUUUGCCUCGGAGAUCUGAUGGCCCGUCUCGUAACCGGCUAUAUUGCCGAUGCAGAUGUUCUUCCAAUGGAACUUAUAGUGCUGUUUGCCUGCAGUCUGCAAAGUGCCAUGUUCCAAUGCCUGAUGCAUUCGCGCUCGUACGUGGCUUUGAUACUAACAGCUGUUGGGAUGGGUGCAUCGCACGGAGCCCGGAUUUUCCUGUUGCCAAUGUUCAUCACGAAGAGUUUUGGCCUUCGCAGGCUUACGCUGAACGUGUCAACGGCUUCAUGCAUCUGCGGGCUGCUAAUGCUCGUGCGACCUUUCAUUAUUGGAUACUAUCGUGAUGGCCAGGCUGGGAGAAGGACAACAGAUUUCCAGUGUAGAAUAAUGAAGGUCCUCUUUUGCUACAAACACCGAACCCUGUGGCAAAUUUUGAAUUGUCUGCGCUAUUGUGCCUGCAGACUGAACAAUUGUUCCUUCCUAGCGACUAUGUAGAUACGUUUGUUUGGAAUAAAAUUCAGUGAAAAAUGCUCAUCACGAAGUCCCGAAGAAAAUUUCUACUAUUCAAAUGCACUACAUGAAUUGUUCGGAGGGUAAGAGGUCACAGACUAAUACCAUUAUGAAGGCGUGUCCAAAUAUGAGGCGACGACUAUUAAUUUUUGAAAAAUUCAUUUUUAUAGAGCUAAUCCUAAGCGAGGUUAAAUAUUAUAUAACAUAAGGAAACUAGAGAAAAUCUAUUUCAAGCGGCCUUCAAAAUGCACGUGAGGUUUUUCGUUGAAGUGUUCAGGUUUGCCAGGUAAGAUAGUUUGAAGCCAGAUGAUAACGAGUCAUUUGGUUUUCAUUUUUCUAGUUCUUGCAAAACUAUUAAUAUGACUCUCGAUUUAGGGUGUUUUUGCAAAAGGCGUUCGAAGUAAAACAUCGUUGUGUGCCGGCACACUUUUAUCAAUGCAGGAAAAUUUGGCUAAACUUUAUCGUGUUUGAGACAUUGAUCAUUUGAAGAAAGAACUUGAAAGCAGAAUGAGCAAUUGCAUAAUUGGAUCAUCUUUUUUAUGCACAUUCGACUUAUUUACUAUAGCGAAUUCGGUUCCCGUUUACUUAAAUAGUUCAAUUAAAUAUCAUAAGUAAAAAUGUUUGAUUUGGACUUUAGAGAUAAGACCAUUUUCUGCUACAACAACAGCCGAAGUGAAACAUUGAUCUGCUGUGUCAUUUAAGCCUCAACCAGCGUUAUUUUAUUGAAGCUCACAUCCUUAAAACUUGAUGGGGUACAUGUAGAUAUACAGAUGUUAAUGGUAAACGUAUUGAUAAAAGUGUACAUAUAAGCGUAUAUCACAGUUCAAAGUCUUCCUUUUAGAGAGCGCCAGGUAUUUCUUCCAUAGAAAGUCGGCUUCCCCGCUUGAGAGCUUCAACUUGGUAAACCAUUGGUAAAAGGAUUAUAUAUGCACAAAAUCAUAUCUAUACAGAACAUACGUGAGUGAACUAUAUUCAUAAAAAUAGACAAGACAAAACUGUGUAGUUGAAGAUUGCUUUGUUGAGAGCACGCUAGGCAGAGGAAAAUCUUAACGUCUGAUGAAGAAACACGCAAUUUUUCCCUUUGGAGAAGAGAACCCGAUGGGCCCUGGCCGACGACGACAAGCUUAAUUCUUGUUCAUUUGACGUUAAGCCUUGACCAUUUUGCCGCUCAUCGAGAAGAACAUACUUAGCAUACACAUAUGGGUACCAUGAGGAGAUAAAAUAUAGACCGACGAAUAAUCUAACAACGCAUUGCUCGUUUCGGUUACUAACUUCAAGCUGUCCCCUAAAACAGAUGAUAAAUCUGUUCGCGCCGAGAGGUAAUGCUAAAAUGUUGCUACGAUAUUUCUCGUAUGGAUGUAUUUUGCAAACCCUAUUCAAACCGAUAGUACGCAACGGCAUGUCCACUUUCCCUCCUAAUGCGUUCUCGUUCAGAUAGCUUGCUUCCGUAACGAGUUCCCGCUGCGAUACGCUAACUUACUAUACAUAACACUUGAUGAAGUAUCCUUACCUGGGGAAUCGUACGUCCAUCGCAACUUACCUAACCAAAUCCCAACAACAUAAGUUUAUCCGCCGUAAAAUUCGCGCCAGCGACAUCAAUUCAGCUUCUGCUUUGUUUCUAUUUACUAAUAGUGAAACAACCAUGAUAAUAAAUACGACUUUUAUGCGGAUGUAAUAUUUUCAACUAUAGUAUUCAUUGAAAAUUUUGAUUAAAUAAGCUCGGCAUGACUUCUAGAUUUAGAAAUGCAAGGGCGAAAACCCAGAUAGCAUGCUCUUUUAAUUCCGGCGGCUGUACGUUAUAAAAUGAACAAACAUCAGUCAGCUUAGAUAUAUCGUGCCGUACUACAGAACGUGCAAUAAGUGUACAUUCUACUGAAACCGGUGUUCUCUGUGGAAUAAUCAUCGAGAUGACGACGACUUUAGCACAAAUUGUUCAAGGACACAUUUCGAGUAAAUCUGACAUUUUCGAAAUAGGGGAUGGCUUUCCGGUUCUUGUGAUACAAUUGUUCCACUGUAUGUUUCCAUAAAUACACAGAGUUUUCCUCCAAAACUUGACGUGUAUCAUUGAUCAAUGAUAGUUCGUUUCGGUCAACAUGAAGUAGCAGGUAAAACGUGCGGACGUUUUUGGCGUACAUUACACGUGAAUAUUAUAGUGGAACUAUCCACAUGAUUUAUUCUAUACUUCAAUUAAACCGACGAAGCGCAGCGAUAGUUGUCAGGGGACAAAAACGCGAAAAAAUUUUGAAGAAAAAAAAAGUGCAUCUUCUAGCCAUAUUUGACUGAUUAUGGUAUUACCCAAAAUGAUCGAGUAAACUGUUGUCCUAAAUAAUUGUUUAGCUGGUGAGGAUAUCCAAACAUAAAAAGUAAAAUAAUUUUAUAAUAAAAAAAAUAAAAUUCAUUCGUUGGUGAUGCAAUUCUUAUCGCGGCUUCUACGUUAUUACCAUUAUUCCGUAUAAAGAGUUCUCCCACUCCACGUGACUUGUAGCUAUCGCAGGACUCCUAGUUUAGGUUGCUUAAUUUAAAUGUCCGUUAUUGUCGAUAUAAACGGCCUGAGCUAAAGUGAAUUCCCAGAUCUCUAAUAGUUUUCAUGCGGAUUCCUGCUUCACUACGAAUGUUCCGACCUUCAUCGACCAUUAGUUGUCUUUAAUGGAUUAGAUGACCGUACUUUGUUAUGGUCGUACCUCGAGUCAUCAUUUUCAUCCAGGAUCAUCAGUGUAUGAUAUUAUUUGGGCUCCUGUUUUUUGCUCGUUGUUACUGAACGAAACAUUUGUGACAAGCUGUGAAUUUUGACGGUUUUAUUUGGCGUACCUUCUACUUUCGGGGCACGUUGGUAGAUUCUACUGUUAAAUGGUGCCAUUGUAAGUGUUGUCGAAGACACUUGGCUAAAAAUAUUCUGCGCUUGAAUCGUCAACAUGGCUCAGGUUGUUACACAACACCAUAUUGUCCAGUCAUAUCGCCGUAAACGGGGCAAUCUUGGCCCUGUUAAUGCUGUUUCAUGUACAAUGUAUUGACGUGAUUGAAGCUAUAACCUCAUUAAUGCACGCGACAAUACUGUGACAGCAGCAUAAACAUCCCAGCACUCGGAAAUAGCUACUUGUUUAGUGUCAAGCGUGUAAGUUAUUUGGUUUAACUUAACAUUACCUCCGAAAUACACUAUACUUAAGUUACGUUGAAAGACUCUUCUGAUGUAGCAUAAAAUAAGACCAAAUUAUCUUUAGCGUGAAUAAACUGCGUCAAUAGAAUAUUAAGAUAAAGAAUAGCCAGCUAUCCAGACCUCGGUUUCGUCUUAUACAGUUUCAGAAUCUUCUCUUUCCGCAUCGACCGCGUUGUCACAUUGAGCUGAAACAUCGUGAGAAAUGUCAGCGUUUUUGCUAGCGACGGUAACGGCCGCACAGCAUUCUAUACCUUCCGACACGGAAUACCCCUCUUCCACGUAAAUUAAGCGUUGCUUUGCGUUGCCUUAAAGGUUUUCAUUUCUGAAGAUAACGAGACCAUCAAUUGCGUAAGGCGUCCCCUCAACAGCGAUGAUGUCCCAACCAUUUUUCCUGAGAUAACCUCACCGGUGCAAGGAAUCUCGACCUUAGAAUCAGUAAAUGUGGAGUCUGUUUCAGUCAGCACGCAAUGUCCCGUCAUCCGACGUGCACGAGCCUUCUUCAUUAAUGUGUUGUGAUCAGGUGGAAUCUGAAAUCAAACUGGGCUGUUAUUUGGUUCAAUAUGUUUCGGAUUGCCAGUAUUUGCAGAUAGUUUUUCAAACGAAUGGCAGUGUUCGUAAUGUGCUACAAUUCCAGCUAUGCGGCCGUCUGGAACAGCAUCGACAAUGUGUGAACAAGCACCUUUUGCGAUAGUAUCAUGAGCAUACUACACCCCAUGAGGGAUCUUCGCUAGAACUGACAGUAUCUCCACCUACGGCGUGCUUCUCAAUUAGGAUAUCCUUUCCGGCAUGGAAAACGUAAGCGGAUUCGUCGUUAACAACGGAACCCGUUGUAUAGGAGUUUGUUUCAUUGGGCAGUACAUAUGAGACACCGCUUCUGUCAAGAAGAUGAUACAAAUCUGUGGUUACCUGCGCCAUUGUCGAAUCUUGAUUUUGAUUCACCUCAUCGAUUUGAUCACUUUGAUCCACUUUUUAAAGAUUAAAAGCACUUAAUUUUUUAAAAUAAAUAAAAUAAAAGCACUGUAACAAUCUUUUUAGCCUUUCGGUUAGCUUAACGUUCGGCGAGGAAGGGCGAUUAUCUUUCUGUUCCAUUGAUUGGCCCACCUUUGUCCUUAAACAUUGCUGUAAGUGAAAUACAGCAGGACAGUAGUUGUGAAAAAAAAAACGUAUUUGUUUUUAUUUACACAAACCUCACAAUAGUGGCGAACUGGAGGCCUCAGAAACUUUGUUUUUGUUGAACCGCCGACAUGGCUAUGAAAGAAAAAGCUACAAAAUAAUGGGUUUGAUUGGAGGCUGUACUUUAGAAAGAAGAGGGAAAAUUUAGUUUUUGCAAACCUGUUUGCCAAAAGUGGUGAACACAAAUAUGGCUACUUUGGUACUCCGCUCGUUACCAAAACAAUUGGGUGUCAUCGAUUGCUCAACAGCUUGCUGCGUUUACGGGUGUUUUGUGUAAGUUACCUGCAAUGGGAUUGAAUGCUGUUAUUUCCUUGACUGCUGCUCUUUCGGUUUGAUAAGUAAUCGAACUGUCCAAAAUUAAUUGGCCGACAUGUAAUACUGCUACGUAACCUUGUCCAGAACACGUCGAUCUGAUAGAAGCUUCUGAAGCCUGCCCAGCUGCCUCGUCACCCACUCGUCACCACAGCAGACUAUGGCAGGUACUAUAGAAGUCAGCUUUAGACGCCUCCAAUGAAAUACAUUGACUAGUUAUACAUGUACACAUAUUCAAAAUGUGACCUGUGCGUACGUAUCAUGAAGAAAAAAAUUAUUCAAUCAAUAAGGAGCUCGCCUAUAAACCUUUUCUGUUUGUGCAUCCGUGAUAAGAGCUGAUCCCAAAGAAAUUCUAAACCAAGAAAACCGCUUUGUAGUAUAGGCGAUUUAUCCAUACCUAGCAAAACCAGUCAACGUAUAAAACUCAAGUUAAUAAGCGGGUUCUGUUAAACACAGAAUGAAAACAAAAAUCAUUUAAUAGCUAUUUUAAGCUUACGAUGUAGCAGGUAACAAUAAAGCACGAGCAUGACCUAACCUAACCUAACCUAACCUAACCUAACCUAACCUAACCUAACCUAACCUAACUUAACCUAACCUAACCUAACCUAAAUUUGAGGAAUCAUACCAGAACCGGCUUUUCUGCUAAACAAUGAGCUGGAGGCAUCUACAGCUUUCUCUCGUUAUUGUUGUGAAGAUCCGCUAGGUUCUUCACUAGAAAAGGUCAUGUAGAAGAAAUAGCUGAAAUCAGAUUUUUAUGAGCACGAUGUAAGCUUCUGGAAGAUUUAUGCCAAUGAGUAGUCAAUAUUUGUCAUUAUUAAGAAUGCCAUCAUUGGUAGCGUCAACAUUUACUGGACAAUAAUAAUAAAGGAGGUAAUAUGUCGGUGAGAUGAAUCAUGUAGUAGAUAUAGAGAUACCUAGUGUUCGUACCGAUGGAAUAUUUUUUACGACGAUCUUAUAAAUGCAGGCAAAGAAAGUUUUCCAUGUUGAACUUUUGAAAUUAGUCCCAAAUUAAUUUUCUCGGCUCCUAUGAAUGAACAAAAGCUAGACGCUGUAGCCAGAUAGUUCAUUGCGUAUUGUAAUUAUUUCAUCUCACUCGUAAACUACUAACUUAAAAGCGCACGAAAAAUACCUUUAUAACAGUAGCUUACCUCUAGACGAUAGGGCUGAUGUGAACACUUGAUCAUUGGCGCUGAAUGAACCUAGGUGAAGAUAAACGACAACGGAAGGACUCUUCGGAACACAUGAAGAUCCUAAUAUAUUAGCGAAAUUUGUACUAUUAAUGACGUUCCUUAGUGCCUAUUAUUAGAUAUUUUGUGUCCGACGAUUGUUUGCGCUAAGGCUUAGCACGUCAGUAAAGUACAGGUAACGCUCGUUGGCCGUGCCGUUACGCAAUGUCGACAACGCAAUGCGUCAGCUGUUGAAAAAAGCUUACACCGUUCACACUUGCGUGGCAUCGUAUUGUUUUGCGAUGCUGUUUGGACAUUCGAAAUGUCCUUAAUGGCGGCAGAUGAGCAAAUUUUUUGUUUUGCAAAAGGUCCUGUCUUUAUACUAUAGUAUUCGAUAUUUUAGUCGCUGAAGGGUGCGCGAAAGAUGACUCGCACAAAGACUGAAACGAAAACCAGAGGCGACAAAAUCCGAUACGCUAUACCUGAUUCUAGACAAAAUCGUUCUGAGGUAUACCUUAUUCAUUUUUUAUUUCAUUAUUUACCCUCCAAUAAGCUGUCUAGCUUUUCUAACUAUUGCGUGAGACUGCAAUUUCAAAAAAAGUUAAACAGAUUGACGGAAAUUUCAGGCUCGCUCUCUCUCUCUCUCUCUCUCUCUCUCUCUCUCCCUCUCUAGUCGAAAACAAAAGCAGGUCGCGCCUAGAUAACUUUUUCCUUAACAUGAAAUAUGGAAAACGACUUGUUUUUUUUUUGUCCAUCUAGAGUUGCUUGCGAAGACGCUUUAAGGCAUCAACGCUCAAGUGUUGCACAAUAAACAAUGGAACAAAUUGAUUAAUUAUAUAUAGUGCAGUGUCUUUUUUCUAUUCAAACGAUAUAGAUGGAAAUAUUUAUCACGUCUUCGCUAGCUAGUAUCUACGAUACUUAGUAUUUCUAGUUUUU